GACAACCUAAUAUUUUUUUUUUUUCUAUAUUUCAUCACAAAGUGAGUCUUGAUCGUUGUAUAUAUACGAUAUUUAUCAUAUACCCAUAUUCAAUAUCUCAUAAAUAUAUAUUUCAACUUUUUUUCAAUACCAUGAUUUAUUGGAUUUUAAAAAAACGUACAAUUAAAAGGUUGCACAUUGACAAUAGCUCCUGUUGAUGUUGUUAAUCCGCGAGAAAUACUUGGUGCUUCAAAACAUUUAUGGAAUUAUAUAUAAAACAAUAAAAAUAUAUAAAUACUUAUAAUAACAAUAAAAUAUAUAUAAAUACUUAUAAUAACAAAAAACAUUUAAAAUAAAAGGAUAUUCUACUCUGCUUUAAUAAAAUAAUUAUUUUUUUGGGUUAUAUGUUAUAUACUUACUAACAAAAUGCAAUGGGCAUAUUUCUUAGCUGGUUUUGUGCCAUUCAUCAUCCUUGAUAUUUGGUAUAUGGGAAUAAUCACAUUAUGGACUUUAAAAAUAUUUAUUAUUCUUUACAUAAUUAUAUUUGGUAUUUGUCCGUUUAUAUUUCAUUACUCAUAUAACUUUCAACGUAAAAUACUUUUUUUGAAUUUCGUACACUGGCCCCCUAGUCUAGACUUUAAUAAACCCGAAACAAUCGGAUUGGAAGGUGUAAGAAAUUUUUAUUUACACACUGAUGAAAAUGUUAAAAUUGGAGCGUGGCAAAUGUUACCUCGAUCUUUACUCAACGGCACUACGAUACUCAAUGAUGAAUAUUUUGAAGCAACCUUAGCAAAUGCAAGUAAACCAGUAUUUUUAUAUAUGCAUGGUAAUAGUGGAAACAGAGGAAGUAGUCAUAGAAUUGAAUUAUACAAAGUAUUUCAAGACCUAGAUUAUCAUGUAAUUGCUUUCGAUUAUCGAAGCUACGGUGACAGUGACCCUGCUGAUUUAUCAGAACUUGGUGUUGUUACUGACAGUAAAUAUGUAGUACAAUGGCUUAUAAAUAAAGUAAAUAACAGUGCACCUAUUUUUGUAUGGGGUCAUUCACUUGGAACUGGAGUAUCAAGUCAUGCAUUGGCUUUAUUAGCUACUGAAAAUAUACACCCUACAGGAUUAUUUUUAGAAUCUCCUUUUAAUAAUAUAGCUGAUGAAUUACGUUGUCAUCCUUUUGCUCAAGUUUUUAAACAUCUACCAUGGUUUGAUUGGAUAAUUGUGCAGCCAUUUUAUGGAAAUAAUUUGAGAUUUGAGUCUGAUAAACAUACUGCUAAUAUAAAAUGUCCUAUUAUGAUCUUACACGCUGAAGAUGAUAGUGUUGUACCAUUUAAUCUAGGUGAAAAGCUUUAUGAAGAGACUUUAAAAUCACAUGGAAAUGAUACCGAACAAAUUCAAAUGGUUAGGAUAAAUGCUUCGUUAGAGCUUGGUCAUAAAUAUAUAUGUCGAUAUAAACCAUUACCAUCAAUUAUAGAGCAUUUUGUUUUACAAUGUCAAAAGAACAAAAUUCAAUGAAAUGCUUUAAAAAAUUUAGCAUCGUAUUUGUGUCCAUCAAAUCCAAAGAGCCUGGUGGUAUCGUCCAAUUUUAUAUUUUGAGUGACUUAACUAAAGUAAAAAAAUUAUUUUUUUCAGUAGAAAUACUUAGAAAAAAGACAGUUGAGAUUAGAAAAUUAUAUUUUUUUUAGGUAAUAUUUAAUAGUAUAUUGUGUGGCAAGAGGUGAAGCACAAUAAUUUUAGAUGAGGGUAAGAUUGGCUGCUCGCGCUGAAGGCAAGCGCGGGCUGCCACCACAUGAAGUUUUCAAUUGUGUUUUAUCUCAUGUCACACACAUAAUUUUUCAUCAUUACCUGAAUUGAAACUUAGAGUUUAAGUGUUUGGAAUCAAUUAAAAUGAGACAAUUUAAGGGCAUUUUUGAACAAUGCCCCCACUUUUUUAAAAUAUUCAAUGACUUUCAACUGUCAUAACAGUAUUUAAAUUUUACUAAUUAAUUUUUAAAAAAUUAGAGCAUUAAUUGAGAAAAGGAUAACGUAGUUACAAUUUCUCCGAGACAUAGAUUUAAAAAAAAAUUACUUAAAGUUGUUAUCAAUUGAGAGUUGAACGAAAUUCGGUAAAUGAAUUUAAGUAAAAUUUUCAUGUCAAUAUUAUAUAAUUAAGCCCGUAAAAGAAAGAUCUUUUCUCCCACUAUUUUUUACAUGCCAUUAAGUCAUUACUGUGCAUGCACGUUAAUAGGGUGAAAUUAUGACAAUUCACGGUGAAUCAACGUGAUUCCCAGUGAUGUCAGCGUAAGAUUACGGCGAGCUUCCACGGUUAUAUCACGGUGAUUUCUCAUAAUGAUUUACGGUGAGACAUGGUAAAAUUUUCGUGAGCUACCACGAUGACUCUCGGUGAUUUCUUCUGGUGAUUCGAGGUAAAAUCAGGGUAGAAUCACGGUGAUGUUCCAUAAUCGAGCAAUGGAGAUUUACCAUGAUUCACUCUUGGGAGAUAAAGUAAAUAUUGAAGAAGGGAAAGUUACCGGUGCUCGACAGCAGCAGCGGGAGUAGUUCAGUGCUCGCCACGAGAUUGCGUCUAGCUGCUUGAGGUUAUCCUGGUACGAAAUUCAUUCUAGAACUGUCAUAUCCGAAACUUGAGAGCAAUUCUGACACAGAUACUCCUCUGUUAUUCGACAGAGUAAAAAAUACCUGUUUUGAUAAUAAUAUAGUAUAUUCUAUAAUAUAUUAUGACAAUACUAUUUAUUAUCAAUGUCUCCAAGAAUAAUUUUUCUUUGAAAUUGGCCUUGCAUAGUCCGAAAAUUAUUUAUCCGACUCGACACGUCAAUUUUUUAGAAAAAGAUUUCAUUUCUUAGAUUAGUAAUAACAAUAGACUAGCAGUAAUAUUAAAGGUCAUACAUCACGGUGAUUCACAGUCACAUCGCAGGGAGCUCUCAUCGUGAUUUACUGUUGAUCUAAACCACUAGAGGGCGAUUCACGGGGAUUCUCCGUGAUACAUCGCAUUCAUGGUACUUCACCGGGAUUCACGGUGAUUCGUGGUAAAUCAAUGUGAAUAAGGACCGCCAGUGAUGGACUUCAUCAAGUAGUGGAAGAAAAGCCCAUUCUCUUGCAGCAACUAUAAUUCGAAGUCAAAUUUAUUUACCAAAUUGGAUUUUAACUACCAAUUGAUAACAAUUUUAAAUAAUUCUUUUCUAAAUCUAUAUCUUGGAUAAAUUGUAACUACGUCGUCUUUUUUUUUCAAUUAAUGCUUUAACUUUUUUCUUUUAAUUAAUUGAUAAAAUUUUAAUAAGGUUAUAAUUACUUGCAUUGAAAUCAAGUAUCAGUGCCGCAGCCAGUUAGGGAUAAAUUAACUUAAGGCGAAUGAUGCAGAAAAUUAUUAGCGUAAAUUGUAAUUUACAAUUUACAGUUGAAUAGAAACGAAAAAAAAGGACCGGACGAAAAGAUGCUUUACUGAAAGUAUUGCAAUUAACGCAUUCACCGACAGUUGUUCAUGGCAUUGACCAGAAAUGAUCUUAUUUAGAUUGGCUGUAGAGGCACUGAAACUUGAAGUUUUAAUGCCGGUAUCAUGAAAAUUCAUUUAGCUUGCAGAAAACUAGAAAAAUAGACUGUCGAUUUUAAACUCCUCAAGUCGCUUUGAUCUAUUUCAACUGAUUAAACAGGCAUUGAAGCUCAAAGCUUCAAGCCAGACGAUAUGAAAAUAGUAUAUUACAAACCGAGGGCAGUAAAGUAAGAAAUGUCUCAGAUCACAUGUAAUUUUUGGCCGAGACGAAGCCAAGCUGUUUUGCUCAGCGGGACGAAAGUUGACGCUUUCCGCCCGGAGGUGAGAAAUAAUAUAUUACAUGCCUAGGGAAGUAAAGUAAGAAAUGUCUCAGAUCACAUGUAAUUGUGGGCCGAGGCGAAGCCGAGGUCAACAAACAUGUGAUCUGAGGCUUUCUUAUUUACUUCCCGUGGUGUGUAUACUAUUUUUCUCCUCGACGGAGGCGGAAAACGGCAACUUCGUUUUGCACAGCGGGACGAAAGUUGACGCGUUCCACCCGGAGGCGAGAAAAAAGUAUUGCACACCUAGGGAAGAAAGUAGGACAUUCCAACCCGUGUGUGUAAUUACCCACCCGAGCCCCAUCCAAGGUGUGCAUAGUAUUUUUUACCAUAUGUGCAACGGACACUUCAAAUUUCUAUCAUUGUUUGAAGAAAGAUUGGCAUAUGUUCGUAAUUAAAUUAUUUACUUUUUCAUAAGAGAAAAAUCCAAUUUCCUUCUUUCUAAACAGAACAGAAACUUGAACUUUCUACACAAAUGUGGUAAAAAAAUUAUUAAUUAUUUUAAAAGGUUGAUUAAUAUGUGAUCAACAAAAAUAUCAAAUAGAAAUUAACAAUCAAAUACUUGGCUCUCUUGGUGUUCAAUAGAUAAUAACCGAAUUAAAUUUUAUUUAUAAAUUUAUUAAAUAUAUUUGAUAAAUAUUUUUUGAUUGGAGUCUGAAGUAUUGUAUUAAUAUUAGUAUCUG